GAACGUUUGCCCUGCACUCACCAGUGAAUCCACAUCAAGGUACAUCUCGAUAUCAGCAAACAUGCCACGCUCAUCCCGCUCAUCAGGCAGCUCGCGCUCCGCGCCCUCGGGCUCGCGGGGCAUGCACACAUCCUCGCAAUCCAGCGCUCCCGUGCAGCCAGCGCAGCACCCCCAGCACGUGCCGCAGCAGGGCGCAUACCCGAUGCAGGCACCACAGCAGCAGCCGCGGCAGCCUGGGCUGUUCGCAAACAUGGCGUCCACAGCUGCUGGUGUUGCGGUAGGCUCGACCGUCGGACACGCCGUCAGUGGUAUGCUCUUCGGCGGCGGAGGAAGCAGCGCUCCGGCGGAGCAGGCGCAGCCGCAGCAGCAACAGCCGGCCGGUUACGAUGGCUACAACGCCCAAAGUGCUUAUGGGCAAGCUCAGCAGGUGCAAGGAAGCUGCGAUUCUCAGUCAAAGGAAUUGAUGCGCUGCCUCGAUGCCAGCGGAAACGACAUGAGUGCAUGCCAGUAUUACCUCGAUGCCCUGCGCGCUUGCAGCGCAGCUUCUCGCUCCUUUGCCUGAUCUUUUGCCAAGCAGCUUGCGCGCACGUCCUGCGCCUUGUUCUCGGGUAAACAAGAGAACAUGUAGAGUUUGGCUAUAAGACAACGAAGCGCGAUUCAAUUCACCACUCAUCUGCUUCCACGAUGUCAUUCUGCAAGUACAUUCAUGCAACAAGGAAAAAACCUCCACUUGCAAUGCAUAUUCUUCAAAGCUAUCUUCAAUAGUCAGAGCCUGUGAGAUCAUGGGACUCAAGGUUGCAAAGCUCCUCUUCUAGGAGCUUUGCGGGUUUUCGGAGUGGAUGGGAUGGAUGCAUCGGGCGAAUGGUAUUUAGCGGUACAUUUAGAUUGUGGCGACACGCGAUUGA